AUGCAAUCUCAAGUAUGGAUGAUUGUUUUUGCAAUGUUUGUAACUGUCGUCCAAAUAUCCAGAGCGGUAGGCUCAUCCUCAAGCGAUGACAAAAUACUGAGUUUGCCAGGGCAACCACAAGUUGGUUUCCAGCAAUAUGCAGGAUAUGUAACUGUAGACGAAAAGCAACAGAGAGCACUUUUCUAUUACUUGGCUGAAGCAGAAUCAGACCCAGCUUUGAAGCCUCUUGUUCUCUGGCUAAAUGGGGGGCCUGGCUGUUCAUCUUUUGGAAUAGGAGCUUUCACUGAAAAUGGCCCCUUCAGACCCAGUCAUGGAGGGCUUCUGGUCAGAAAUGAUUACAGUUGGAAUAAAGAAGCGAACAUGCUGUACCUGGAAUCACCAGCAGGGGUUGGUUUCUCUUAUUCUGCCAAUCAAUCUUUCUAUGACUUGGUGAAUGACACUAUAACAGGCCACUAUGUCCCACAACUAGCACACCUCAUUGCUCAGUCAGGACUAAAAUGCAAUCUGAAGGGCAUAGCUGUAGGAAAUGCUUUAUUGGAGUUCAACACAGAUCUUAACUCUGAGGGCGACUAUUAUUGGGCUCAUGGGUUGAUAUCAGAUGCUACUUAUAAACUCCUCAAUUCAGUUUGUAACACUUCACAGAUAUGGAGAGAGAGCAUAACAGGCUCUAAGUUCGCUGCUUGCGUGGAUGUGAAUAAGAAACUUUCGAUAGAAUUUCCUAAAGCAUUUGAUGAUUACAACAUCAUUGGCGACAUUUGCAUAUCAUCUGGUGAAUCACAGUUGGACGUCCCCAGUUACCCCUUUAGACCAAAGUUUCAAGUUUCAUCAUCCAUUCAAUCAGUGCUUGAGGCACUCGAUCAGACUAAAGAUUCUGAGAAAAUAGAUGUUUGUGUGCAACGAAAAUCAUCCCAAUAUUUAAACAGGAAAGACGUGCAAGAAGCUCUCCAUGCUCAGCUUGUAGGAGUCACGAGAUGGACAGGUUGCAGCAGUGUGGUAAAUUAUGAUCUGCUAAACUUAGAGAUACCUACAAUCAAUAUUGUGGGUUCACUGGUCAGUUCAGGCAUUCGGGUCCUAGUCUACAGUGGAGAUCAAGAUUCAGUUCUCCCUUUUAUUGGAAGCAGAACUUUGGUUGAUGGUUUGGCGAAAGAGUUGGGAUUGAAUGCAACCGUGCCUUAUAGACCUUGGUUUGAGGAUAAGCAGGUUGGUGGAUGGACACAGGUUUAUGGUCAUAUCCUAACAUUUGCAACCAUCAGAGGAGCUGGACAUUUAGCACCAUUGACAUCUCCUAAGAGAUCCUUGGCCUUAUUUGCAGCUUUUCUGUCUGGAAAACCCCUUCCAGAGGCAUUGCCCAAUUAA